UUUAAAAUGAGUGAUAGAAGUCAAGAAGAAGAGGAACUGUCACAUACGCAAGUUCUCGCUGAUGUCGAGAAACAAAUCGAAGCAGUUUGUAACCAACUACAAUCCCUAAAACGACGAGCAAGUAGGCUUCGAAGCCUUCUUGAAGAGCAGGAAGUAUAUGAUUCCAUGUCGAAGAAAAUGGAAAGCAUGCAGCUUUCAACGAAAGUGAACCUCAAUGUUGGUGGCCAACAUUUCACUACAACCGUCCAAACACUGACCAAGGACCCCGACUCGAUGCUUGCGGCCAUGUUUUCUGGAAGAUUUCCACUGAAGCCUUCUGAAGAUGGAACCUACUUUAUCGAUCGAGAUGGAAAUUACUUCCGGUAUAUUCUGAACUUUCUUCGGGAUGGAAAGUUAUCUUUGCCAGAAGGGGCCACUUUUUGUGAAGAAAUCGAGGCAGAAGCUGAAUUCUACCAAAUUCAAGGAAUUCUCGAGGAGCUAGGGAAGCCCAGACCUUCGAAGGGUGCAGAUCGAGGAGCCAAAGCCACAGAGCCAUUUGAUGAGUCUGAAAUACUGACUCAAGAACAUGCGAAGAUAUUGUUAGGUAUGGUACCUUAUAAAACUGGCAGGUGGCGUCUUCUGUUCAGAGCUUCUCGAGAUGGCUUCGCAGCUGAGUCGUUCCACUCAAAAUGCGACAAAAAGGGCCCAACAGUGACAGUUGUACUUAGUGGAAGCUUCAUAUUCGGCGGAUUUACCGAAAAAGCAUGGAGUAGUAAGCGCGGUAGGAAUUAUUAUUUCUACUUAGCCUUCUAGCAAGCUCUCCAUUUAUGGCGAACGUCUCGCGACACCCCCAAAUGGAGAGCUUGCUCGCAGGCUAAGAGUCUACUUGGUGGUUAAUACAGUCUGUUGUCAAUGCUAACAUAACUUUGGGGGGUGGGGGGAGCGCACUGUUUAUGUCCAAGGUACCCCCGAUGCGUCCUCCCCCCUUACACACACACACACACACACACCCACACACACACUCUGAUAAAACCACUUUUCUGAAAGGGAAAAUGACAUUACCACAUUCUGAGGGCUUCUAAAAAUAAAUGGCGCCAUAGUUAAAACUGCAUCCAUAUUUCCGAGGGGGAAAAAUAUUCUUGAGCCAGAAAGGGUCUGGCCAAAAACACCCUGUCAAUAGGGGGUGUGGAUAUUAUAUGAAAGGGUCCUUAUAGCAUCAGUAUGUUGUGAAACUGAUAGGUAAUCAGCUGACUAUUAAAGGUUGUGAAAAAGGCACUUCAAGCUUCAGAAUUGACACAUCCAAACAUUUUGGGAAAGACUUGAGCACCCCCAACCCCCCCCUGCCCCCGACCAUCUCCCUUUAUGGACCCUGAUAGUUUGGGUAAGAAAAUAGGGCCUUGUUCCUCGAAAAAUAACUAAGUUUAAUCCAGGAUUAAGCCAAUUUUGAGCAAGAUUUUCUCGUGUAAGGACAUGCAAAUACUGUUGAGCCUUUACUUUGAGAUACAGUAAUGAUAACACAAAGUGGUUGUUGAAGGCCUAAAUGUAAUAAACGACCCUAAAUGUAAUAAUAUUUUGCCCUAAAUGUAAUAAACUCUGGGAGUGAUAACUGUUUUGACGUCAUGCUAACAUCAUCAAUGACGUAAGUAACACGUCAUUAAAAAGACUUUGUCACGGCUGUCUGCUUCAUUGUGAUAAAGUUGUCAAUUAUCGUAGUUACUAGAAUAAGCGCUACCCACAUAUACCAAAUAGCGCUAUACCACAUCUGUGUCUGACCCACAUCUAAGAGCCCGCCUUUCCCGAUUAAGCGCCACUCUCAAAUUAGCGCCGCAUUUGGAAGAAAAGAAGUUUAUACAAAAUAAAAUUAAACAGUACAUAAAAAGCGUCAAAUUAAACCUCUCUAUCUUUCAGGUAGCCAUCAUUCUGUAGACUGUUUCCAGAAAACACUCAAAAAUCGCUCAUUUAUACAUUACUUAUCAAAGAACCGUUCUCUGCAUAACUCGUUAAUUUGAUGCCAGAAAAGUCUGAAAUGGACGUCUACAAUCCAUUCUAUCCUGUGUACUACAGAGCAUGCUGUCACCUAAAUGGUUUUUAAAGCUUCACAGAGGAAAGGUUUAUAACAACACACAGUUGACAUUGAAGUGUCCGCAUCAACAAGGUAUGUAGACCAUCCAUGAGAAUCUGUUGAUUGGGAAAAAAACAAGUGUCCGCUGUCCGCACUAACGGGUGUCCGUUUUAAUUAAGCGGGUUAAAUUUAGGGAAAAUGUAAGGGCUUUCCUCAGCGACAAAGAAAACUGUCCGUAUUAAGCGGGUGUCCAUAAAGCAGGGCUCACCAAGCACGCCGCAUUUACUCAAAUAAUUUUUUUACGGUUCAGUGCUGCGCUUAUUUGAGGCGGCGUUUAUUUGAAAGCUGGAUGCGACAAAGAAUUGUAUUAACAACGUUAUUAUUAGUUUUCCGUAUUAACCUAGCCUGUUCCAGGCUCCGAGAUAGUCGGGUCCGCCGAAUUGAGAAAGCGUAAACACGAAAAUAUAACGGGAAUAAACUGGGGAUAGCAGGGGCGGACUUUUCGCGUGCGUUCCACUUUCGCGUCUUCUCCACUAUCUGAGAGCCUGGAACAGGCUAGUAUUAACCUAACAGAAUUGAACGUCUUUUUAUUUGAUUAUAUUAGGGCUUAAACUGUUUUUUUCAAUUGCAGCGCUUCUUUGAGAGUGGCGCUUAAUCGGGGGUGGCGGGCAAUUAGUCGGAGGCGGUGCUUGUUCGAGUAAAUACGAUAAUUGGCAACAUUAUUAUAAUGAAGCAGACAGCCAUGACAGCCCCUUUAAUGACGUAUCACUUACGUCAUUGAUAACGUUAAACUGACAUUUAUCACUCUUUUGAGUUUAUUACAUUUAAAGCGAAAAGUCAUUACAUUUAGGGCAAAAUGUUAUUCCAUUCGCUACAGGACUUUACUACAUUUAGGGUCUUUUAUUACAUGAACUGAACAACAUUUUAAUCCUGGGUUACUGCUAAUCGGCCUUUCAGGAACCGGGUCCAGGAGGAUUUUAGUGAUGUGCUACCUUAAAGACAUUUUAGUUCAUACGAAAUUACUCCUGAGGGUAGCUCACCAAUAAUGCAAGCGCUGUAGUAGGUUGUUUAUAAAUUUAUGGCGGUUGCUUUAGAAGUUAGAGAAAAUUGAGUUUAGAGGCGUAGCUAGUAAUUUUCCAGAGGUACGCACAAUUUUCCAAAUCAACUCUAUACCAACCCUGUAUGUCCCAUCUCAGUAUAUUAAAGAAAUCAUUUCUUUUGGUCUUAUGUCCGUGUUCUUCAGGCAGCAGUUACGGUUUUCGCUUUUGGCAAAAUUUUGAAAAACUCCGGCCUCAUUUGACUCCAUUUGGUCUUCUGAAAAAUUUUAUGCAAGACGUUUAAGCAGGAGUACAUAGGCAGUUUCACUGUUUUUCUGCUUUCCCUGAUGACCUCUUGCUUUGCUUUGGUUUUCUACUGUUUUGCUUUUGUUCACUUUUACUUAUCUUCAAUAUUUUUUAGGAAAGAAACCGCUUAGUGCUACCGCUAUGCUCCUUGACCUGACUGAAGAGAAAAGUAAGUACAGCCCAGGUUUUAGGGUACCAGAAGUGAUCAAUAGAGAGAUUUGGAGUCAUGCUUCGCGUAUACGGCCAGCAAACGGCAAACGUCAGAUUCAAGUUGAGAAUUUCUCAAAAUAGAAAAUGUGCAGAAAACGGAUUAAAACAAUACUUAUGGAUAAAAAGUGGCGUGAGACUACUAAUUUAGGUGUAGAAAUAAUGAGCAGUAAACGACAAGUAAAGAGGAAACAUGGUGACGUGGUACAAAUUCGCCUGUGCCGUUUGACGUAAACAAGAUGUUUAACCUCUCUAUUUACGGCAAACGGCAUUAGUGAAUUAGUACCUCGUGACCAAGUUUUCUCUUUUCUUGUCGUUUGCCAUUCAUUACUUCCACUCAAAAAUUAGUAGUUUCACCCCACUUUUAUCCAUAAGAACUGUUUAGGACAGUUUUAAAGUAUUUACCUGCUUUUUCUAUUUUGAGAAAUUCUCAACUAGAAUCUGCCGUUUGCCGUUUGCCUUUAAACGUGAUUUACGUGACUCUAAAAUAAUGAUCUCAAUGGCUAGGAGGCCUGAAGCGAGUAAAGAUAUCAACCUCAGUGCUUAUAAUUGGGUUAUUUUAACGUAAAACCGUAAAACCGUCGCACGCUCUUCGUCCUCCAUUUUGACGACUCUGCUUUCGGGUCAAGCUUUUCACUUAAAAGAAGUACACCUUGUCAAAAAAAGAUGGAAUUCACUAACUGCUCAUUAUCAGCAACUAAUGAGUUUUUAAUAUGUAAAAUUAGACAAAAACGUUUAUAGAAAGAGCAUGAAAAAACGAGUUAAAAUCUUUGGUUCUUAUAAGAACCAGAAAUUUGCAAACCCAAGACGCAAAUGAGCAGCCACGCAUGCGCAGUUGUAAUGGUUGUACUGGCAGGUAUUAGGCUCUUAGUACGUGACGUAUCGAUUCACUUUCGAUGGUCUCCGUUCUGUGUAACUACCUCGUCCCCCAAGUACUUAAAGCGGGGUGUAUUCACGCUCCGCGCAAGAACAAGCAGAGACGCCUGACUAAGAGGAAGCCUGUCCUAGCAAAUGUUAUUGUCAUGUUAUCCUACUAAAAUCUGAAAAAGUUUUGUAAAAAUAUAAAAGUAAGUAAGUAAGUAAGAAAGACGCAAUCUUAAACUUAAAGAAUUAGCUGUAAUCACGAAGAAAUUUCAGGUGUCGGGGGGUGAUAUCAAGGGCCACUUAUGCCCCGUCCACACGUAUCCGGUAUUUUGAAAAACGGAUAUAUUUUUUCCCGGCCGUUUUCAAAAAAUACUCAUCUACACGCAACGUGAUCGAAUCGUUUUCGCCCGUCCACACGAAAACGUUAAAACAAUUGAAAUACGAUAGCACCCCUUACUAAGUAUGCGUCGUGCUAGAAGCAUAUGCGUCUCGUGCUAAUAUCAUGUGUGGCGUUCCCCAAGGUUCAAUAUUAGGGCUUUUGUUUUCUUCUGCUCAACAUCAAUGAUAUAAUCAACACAUCAACAAUAUUACAAUUGUUAUUAUUGGCGAUGAUACAAACUUUUUUCUGUCUCACAAGGACAAAGACUGCUUGACAAAUAUACUGAACGCUGAGCUAAAUAGUUGGCAAUUUAGUUUAGAGUUAACAGGCUUUCAGAUUCAUUGUAUCUAAACCAUGCCAAAAGCGUACAAAUCAAACUAUUUAACCUUAAAUUAAUGGCCAAAAAAUUGAUCGGGUAAAAGAAACAGUUUUCUUGGGAGUAGUCAUGGAUGAAAAUUUAAAUUGGAAAUCUGAAAUCUCACAUGUGGCCAAUAAAGUAUCUAAAUCCAUAUAGGAAUUAUUCGUAAAUCCAGUUCCUAUUUUUCUACGAAAACUUUAUGAACAUUAUAUUUUUCUCUAGUCUGUCCCUACUUUUUUUACUGCAACUUAGUUUGGGCCUCUACUUACAGAACCAACCUUAUUUGUCUUGAGAUUUUACAGAAACGAGCGAUCAGAACUAUCUAUAGCUUAAAAUCCUUUCGAUGCACAUACUGAUCCAAUCUUUCAAAAUCUUAGUAUCUUAUAAUUUUGUGAUAUAUACCUAAUAAAACUAAAAAAAAUAGAGAAAAAUUUCGUCAUAAUUUUACCAUAAAAAGUCAAAUUCAUUCGUAUAAUUCAAGAAACUCUUGUACAUUUCGUCUGCCUUUCUGUCGUACUCGAAUCAAACAAUUUUCGGUAUUUUUAUCAAGGACCUAAUUAUAAAUUUUAUAACACCUUAAACACCAACAUCAUCAACUCCUCCUUUAAAAGAGCACUUAAAGGGGCUCUGUCACGGCAGUCCAGUUCAUUUUGUUUAAUUUUGCCAAUUACUCGCCCUCAAUCGCUAUGGAACUUAAAGUAAGCAAAGAAAUUACAUGUAAAUGACAAAAUCAGAGAUCCGAGACAAACAAAUAUGCAUUAUUUUUGAGGUCAAGCACCAGGGACAAACUUUGAAAAACUGUUAGGCUGAACAGUUUUCAAAAACCCUAAUUUCAGUCCGUUUCAAUCUUCUUCAGUUUUGCCCAUCCGUGGCAUCUGUUGUUUAUGUUAUGUUAUUUAACCUUCCUUUAAAGUUUUAAGCGGUUAUUUUUAUGUUUGUCUUAAUUUAACCGGCAUUUUGUAAGUUCCUAAUUUGGAUGAAUUUCGUGACACAGCUCCUUUAAGGCAUUUAUUUGUAAUAGAAUUAUUAGAAUACUCUAAUUGUUACUUUAAUUUUCUAUCUAAUAAUAUUUUGUAUCCAUCGCCGUAAAAGUGUUUAUGCAAUCUUUGAAAAUUGUCAUUGAGGAGGCCUUAUUAACAUAAGCUUUAUAGUUUCCUUUAAGCAACCCCUUUAGGCAUCCUCGCCAUUUCUUCCCACAUUUUUUUGUAUCUUUUUGUAAUUGACACCAAAGAAAAUGCCAUAACAUACCAUAAUGCUCUUUGUUUGUCACCCCAAAAUUUGCAUAAGCAUUGUUUUCAUUGUUUUCCAAGAGAAACUGAAAACAAUGCUCAUGCAUGCAACAAAGAGCGUUAUGGUAUGUUAUGGCAUUUUCUGUAGUGGUCAAUUGUAAUCGUGUUAUGUGUGGCAAAUAAAACACGAAUACAAAUCGUAUUCGAAAACCUGCGUUUUCGUCCGUUCACAAGUAAACUAGAAGCCAGCGUUUUUAAAAAUCUACACUCUGGAGGGCGUUUUUUAACAGAUGCGUUGUCGGUGACCGUUUUCACCGGAUACGAGUGGACGGCUAAGGCCAAACCGGAGAAAAAAUAUCCGUUUUCAAACAACAACGGAUAAGUUUGGACGGGGCCUCAGGGUUGUAGAAUAACAAUACAUUUAAUUCUCUUCUCAAAGGUGAGCAUUUGCAAGGUGCCCAAUCCAAACAAGCGUUCUUGUUCAGUUUGGUUAAUCCAUUUGAAAGAGGGCCAGUUCGAAUACCAGCUGAAGAAAAUGAAAGUGGUUGCUCUAUUGUCUGUGAUAGUAAAUGUGGGCCAACGUUUCGCCGAAACCUUAAUACAGAUACAGGUAAAUUCCAGAGCUACCUUCAUAUUUCAGAUAAUGCAAAUUCAUCUCGAUCAAGUUAUUGUCGUCUGGGUGGAAAAUUUUCGUGUCCUGAAGGGAAACCAGGCGAUUUGUUCUUGACCGGUACUAAAAAAUUUAUCGUCGAUGAUUACGAAGUUUUCGAGUUUUACUAGUGGUAAGGCAUGUACUCCAGCUACAAGGCUUAGAGCGUGUCGAUGGAGAAUUAAUUCUUUGUGUGUGAGAAAGUAUUAUAUAGGUUCAUUAUGGGCUGAAAUAUUAUUUUUGUACAUGAAGUAAACUUUGAUUGAAUUAAAUUUUAGUAUUGACGACGUUGAUCGAAUGUCGUAGAAUAUGUUUUUAAGAAUGUUUACUGUUUCUAUAGCCUACGUGUAGACGCCUCCCAUUUGCGCGGGAAAAGGGACCCGGUACGUUGAAUGAAACAGUACACAUCUGUGUUGAUAUUAUAAGGAGCUUAAGCAAAAACGACGGCGACGGCUACGAAAACGUCACUUAACGGUGAUGUUACUCGGGACGGUUCGCAACGACGAUUUUUAGCGCAACACAGCAUUACAACAUUGUUGCGAAAUUGUUUCGAAUGGCUGCAGCAUUGUUCCAACAUUGCUACGCUGUGUUGCGCUCAAAAUCGUUCUCGCGAAUCGUCUCAUGUAGUCACCUUCAAAAGUGUAGUCGCGCUGUUUCAAACUUAAUCGCGCAUAUUUCAUCUCUUUCAAUUUGUCAAAUGUUGGCAAACCUUCUUGGGAUUGAAUUCUAACAGGUUGUAUUGAAGUUCAGGAAAAGAAAAAGAAAGUCGUUGUCUUAUGUUCACGUCCUCCAUAAAACGUGAAAUUAGGCAUUUUCAGGUCGUAGUCGUGAAGUGAUGGCAAAGAAAUGUUCAAAAAAGCAUGAUGCACGUGCAGAGUUGUUGUUUUGCCAAUCUAAACAUAUUACUUUUUGCCGUUUUCGUUGACGUCGCCGUUGCUAUGAGCCCGCGAGUCGGUUCGAACCGUAAGGGCCUGGAAACUAUGUAAAACAUGUGUGUAGGACCUCUGUAGGACCCGCCAUGUUUUGUUCUAGUUAACUGAAUUACAUGUGAGACCUAGCUGAUUUAUGUUUUACAGCCCAAAAGCAGGGCUUAUCAACAGCCUGCACGCAAGCUCUGUUUUUAUAGGGAAACUGUACAUCAGUUGCGAGCCAAAUUAUGAAUUAAACCAACCUGAGCUUUUAGCCACCCUCAUUUCCCAUCUAAUCUCUGACAAAAAAUGAAUACCGACAAUGACUCUUCUUUUUGUUUGCCCAGUUUUAUAUCUAUCAGUGUUGUAUCAGAUUUCGUGGCACUUUUUGAGUUAAUGUUGUUGCAGGGUGCAAAUUACAAUGAUUUCCGGUACGUCCUAAAACGUACUUUUAAGGUAUAACUUGGUAUCCUCUUGUUAACACACACCCAGGCCCUCUCCAUUUGAGAUGAAGUCAAUGAUGGUUUUAGAGAUGGUUAUAAAGAACUAGCCGGGGAUUAAAGCCAGUCAAAAACCGAGAAAUGUUUUGAAUGAAUAAAAAUUAUAAUAUAUAGUUAACUUUCCACCGAAUGAAAGAUGAACAAUGGUGGAAUUAUAGAGCGUUUUCCGAUGACGUCACGGCGGGCAUAUUGGAGUACAAAACAAUGAAACGGCAGCCUUGUUGGUGUCCCUGUGGAGCUGAACCUUUUUCUUGUGUAAAUUUUUUUACAAUAAAUUUGUAUAGAUGCUGGUCAUGUGAGUGAAAACGCUCUAUACCGAGGUGCGAAGCGUUGAAGAAUGUAUCUAGUGCUUAAUUCUGUUAAUAGACCUUAUUCACUCGCUAUCUUUGCACGGGCUUUAGGAUUGAUGGGAUAAAAGCAAUGUCACGUGGUAUUUCGGGGGCAAACAAAAGAUAGAAAUUGGCAAUGCGAGAAAUCGCGGUCGACUUUGUUUAUUCUCUCAAAGCGAACGACGAUUUAAUAAUCAUACAAAAUGUACGGUCUGAGUUUCGACAAAAUUAACGUCAUUAUUGCUUGCUGUAAGGUCAUCCACAGUCGGAACUGCGUUAAAAAAAGUAACAAUGAUCACUUCCACCCAAAAUUUGUCAUUAUCGUCUUUGAUGUAAAAAAGUUGUUCAUUUUCUGUAGUCAAGAAUAAACAAACUCGACCGCGAUUUCUUCUAUUGCAAAAAUUUAUCACUUGUUACAUGGCCGCGCAAAGAU